UACAUGCUAUUCAACAGACUCUGACCAAUAGCUUUUUGUGGAAACUGGAAGCGGUUCUCUUUGUCAACUAUUCUCGAGCCUGGGAGACCAUGAUGCACCAUUCGACUCGUGCGUCGAACCGUGACCCCUAUGCCAUCAUCCAUCCGGCGGAUUCCCCUUCGGUCCUUGCCAAACGGACACCGGUCACAGUGUCUCUUGGAAACCAGAGCACAACUGGCUCUGUCAAUGACAAUGUCAACGGGUGGCACACUGUUCGUCUGCUAAGCCGCUGGAUUUAUGCCGCCACGUCGAGCCUUGAAUCCGAUGGACUUGCCGCCGGGAACCCACUCUUCGCAUGCCUACAAGCAAUGUUAGAGGCUCAGAAGUUUAGAGCCCAAGGGGUAUCUUUCUCCAAGGGCCAUAUAGACCUAUUGGACCCACGGAGGGGCGGCAAACACAUGUAUGGCCCAGAUGGCUCACUGGCAUAUAAUGAUCAUCUCGGCAGCCUGUGGUCGAAUGUAACCGACCAACAGAUUGUGGUUUGGCAGCGGUUAAGAGAAGAGCUGGAUGAGGGGAGAAGGAUUCUGAACGUCUUACCAGAGUAUGUCAAGCUUAACUUCAAAAUCGACGACCCGCGCAUCAAGGAGGCGCUCGAAUCCGCCGAGGGCUCGUUCCGGCGAUACCUGAGAGAAGUAGAGACAUCCGAAGCCGGACUCAGAGACCAAAUUGGCAUAACCAGCUCUAGACGUAGUACUGAAAUGGCCGAGCGAAGUAUUCAGGAAAGCAAAAGAGUCUUGCGAUUGACGAUCUUUGCCGUGGUGUUUGCCCCUCUGUCUCUUGCUUCGUCCAUAUAUGGCAUGACUCAAGAGGGCCCCGGACUUAUACAGUAACGUACCAAACCCAGAAUGUCCAACAGAUCAACGCUUCCGGUCCGGACAUAAAGGUGUUCGUCAUUACAGCAGUCGUGCUCCUUCUAACUACCAUCCUCUUAUGGGCUGCUGCGUCCGCUACCAUCGCAUACCGCAACCAUCGCAGAACCCUCCGGAUUCACAACCUAAACUUCCCAAAGGGAUGGCACUCGGUCUUUGACAGAUUAUUAUGCAUCAAUCCGAAUAUUUCCUUCCUGAAUAUUAGAUUGAGGUUGAGUGACUUUGGAUAUUCCCUGUAUGAUGGGCCUUCGAUUGUGUUCCAUCGAGUGAAGAAUUGGUUGCGGGAACGGUAGCACUCGUAGCGCGAGCAAGAAACUGAAAGGAAUUCAUAAAAGAAAAGUGAUGCGCCUGGAGAAGGAGCUUGACGGACAGAAACUGAGCUCUCUAGUAGGCACUAGU